UCGCGGCCCGAUAAACUUGAGUUUGGCUUUAUAGAUCCCGAGACGCCAGAGGCUGGAAGCAUUUGGUCUUGGCUGCAGGUAGACCAGCCUUCACUUCAAACCGUCGCGAUGAUGCCUAAAUUAAACUUCGUCGUUGCAUUGACGUUCAUAGGCCUAGCUGCUGCUGGUCCGAUUGACACCGAUACAGCUGCAAACUAUGAGUGCCCGUCCCCCUACCAGCCCGUGGGCCCAGACAACUACUGCCUGCUCAUCGACAACCGCAUCUCCGGGACGUGGGACGAAAUGAGGACGUUUUGCAAGUCGUGGAAUGGGGACCUGGCCUACUUCCAUGACGCUAAUCUCCUUUAUGAAGUGGUCCAUUACAUCUUUCAGCACGGUCUGAACGACUCGAGCUUCUGGACCGGGGCUGAGGAUAUGGAGAAGGAGGGAGACUGGGUUUGGGUUAAUGACCACAAGAGCGUCAGGAUGCACACUCCCCUCUGGGCUCCGUCCCGGUAUCAGCAGGAGCCGUCAGGAGGAACAAGCCAGAACUGCGCAACCCUCAACAGGGAUAAACAUUUCUUCGUGGACGACAGCUACUGCCAAGACCGCAAUGGCGUCAUUUGCGACCCCCUUAUUCACAUGAAGAAGAAAUCAAAGGAGACGGCCGACGAAGUCGUCAAAGAGGUGACAAUAACGUCAGAGUGCCCAGUUCCGUUCCAGCUGAUCAGCGACGCCUGUCUUCUCAUUGAUGUCGUCAAAGCCAACACAUGGUAUGAUUCUAAAAAACUAUGCGAGGCACUCGGAGGCCAACUGGCUGUAAUUGACGACGCCAACCUCAUGGGAGAUCUCUACGACUACUUCAAUAAUAGGAGUGUGAACAUGCCUUUGUGGAUCGGUGGUACAGACGAUCUCCAGGAGGGCACGUGGCUCUGGGAAGACAUGUCGCCCAUCAAAAUGGGUACGCCAUUCUGGGGCUUAAACACAUAUGAAGAGCAAGAACCAGACGGCCGUGACAGGGAGAACUGUCUUACGAUGAACAGCGACAAUUACUUUUAUUUUAAUGAUAUUUCGUGUAACGCCCUAGCUGGUGCUAUAUGCCAGUAUAACAUGCGGCUAUAACUGCCUUCCUUCUUUGAUAUCAGUGAAUGUUUGUACUGAAGUGGACUGCUUUAUCAGUCAUGCAUGAUAUUUUUUGGCACUGAAUUAUUCUGAUAUAUUUUCAAACCAUCCUGCAGUUGAACCAACUACG